UAGCAUUCGCUUGCAGGUGACGUUCGUUUCACUUCAGUUCAGUAAAACUCACUUCAUUUUGUCUAACAAGCGUCGUGUUUAAAGCAUGUACAAUCUUCAUUGGUUUCUAUUGGACCUUUUGGUCUGCUUCGCAAGUGUAUCAUUCGCCGACGAAUAUCAUGCACGAGUACUUACCCCACGCUCCGUGAAAACCGCACGAGCCAUCGAAGAGCAAACAACCGAAUAUUGGGUAGAUAAAGCACAAAACAUACUCGCCGACAAACUAGAGCAGUCAUCGCGGCUUAACACGAAUCGUGCCAAAAAUAUAAUACUAUUUCUUGGCGAUGGCAUGUCGGUGCAUACAAUAACCGCUACACGUGCUUUCCUCGGUGAUAGCUCCGAACAGGUCUCGUUCGAACAAUUCCCCUACACAGGUCUCUCCAAAACUUACUCAGUCAACAAGCUUGUACCAGACUCUGCCUGUACGGCAACAGCUUACCUGUCGGGCGUUAAGGCUAAUUACGGCACGAUCGGUGUUACAGCCGAAGUACCGAAAAACGAUUGCGAAGCGGCUAUCGAUACGCGUACACAUACCGAAAGUAUUGCAAAAUGGGCGCAAGACGCUGACAAGUGGUCGGGUUUGGUGACAACAGCGCGUGUCACACACGCUUCGCCGGCUGGUGUUUAUGCGCAUACUGCCAACCGUGACUGGGAGACUGAUUCAAAGAUCAAGUCUAGUGGUUGUGUUUCUGGCGCAGAGCAUAAUGUGGACGUUGCAAGUCAACUAGUUGAAUGGCCAGUUGGUAAGAACUUGCGUGUAAUUAUGGGUGGUGGACGGCGUAAUUUUAUCGAUGAGGAGGAACUCGAUGAAGAGGGUAUCGAGGGCAAACGUAGCGAUGGUCGAAAUUUGACUGAAGAGUGGCUAGCGGAUAAAUAUGAACAAGGCGCAAGCGCGGCAUAUGUAUGGAAUAAGGAGGGUCUGCAGAAUGUGGACCUCAAUGAAACUGAGUAUUUGCUGGGUCUUUUUAGCUCAUCCCAUUGUCCGUACCAUGGGGAUUUGAAGCGUGAGGGCUUAACAGAGAUAGUGCCAUCGUUGAGUGAAAUGACCGAGGCGGCCAUACAGCUAUUGAGUAAAAAUGAUAAGGGUUACUUUUUAUUUGUCGAAGGCGCACGUAUCGAUAUGGCACAUCAUAGCACGCGUGCACAUCGCUCAAUCGAGGAUACGGCGGAGUUUGCGCGCGCCGUCGAAUUGGCGCGCGAAAUGACAAGUGAAGAAGAUACAUUGAUUGUGGUAACGUCAGAUCAUUCGCAUACCAUGACAAUUAACGGUUAUCCGACACGCGGUUCUAACAUCUUCGGUCUCGCGCCCAUGGUUGCCGAUGACAACUUACCAUAUACCAUACUCUCCUAUGCCAAUGGGCCCGGUUACUCAAAGACCUACUCCACAAAGAAAGGUCGUCGCAAUUUGAGCGACGCUGAUUUGGAUGAUCCGAAGUAUCGAUAUAUGGCCACCGUACCGCUGGACUCGGAAACACAUGGGGGUGAUGAUGUGGGCGUCUUUGCUUCCGGUCCAUACGCCCACUACUUUUCGGGAAAUUACGAACAGACAAAUAUACCCGCGCUAAUGGCGUAUGCAGCCGAUAUUGGUCCUUUCGCAAAGUCUGCUAUAGCGCCAAAGAUCGUUAAAGCAGCAAAAAACGUUAAUGCAGGCGACGAAACAAUGGAGAAAAGCAAAGAAUAGCGUUGGUUGUAAGAAAAUUUCCAACAAAUAGUUUCAUUUAAAUAAAUUUUGGUGCAAUCAAGUGCAGCAUGCAAGUUCGUACCAGUAAGAGUA